AGAAACAUACCGUCAGUGUACUAGAUGAGAACACACUGUGUCAUGUAAAAAGACAUGACAAAAACAGCCCUCAUUAAAUUACUUUUGGCAAUGGUGAUCAUGUUCAUUUUAGUUUUGCCAGAAUAUUUCAAAACACCAAAAGGAAGCAAGCUGGAGUUACCAUGUCUGGAAGUGUGUUUACAACCUGAUUUCACCUAUUCACUCUCCUCUUUAAAUUUUUCUUUUGUGACUUUUCUGCAACCAAUAAGGGAAACACAGACUAUUAUGGGAUUCUUUCUAAAUCAUUCCCACUUUCAAAACUUCACCAGGAUUUGCCAAGACAUCAAAAAUGAAUUUAAAAUAUGCUCUUCAUGUUUGGCUUGUGAGUUCAAAGGAAACAUGGAUUUUAUUUCUCAGGAACAAGCAUCAAAAGCUCUUAUCAUGAAAGGACCAAUGGAAGUGAAGGCAAAUGAUUUUCAUUCACCUUGUCAACAUUUUAACUUCACUGUAGCUCCUAUAGUUGACCACUUGGAGGAAUAUAAAAUUGCCUGUAAUCUAAAAACCCACAUGAGAAAGUCAGCAAUCACAGAGGAUGAUCCAGUCAAGGAAAAGUUUAUAAACCAUACUUGUGGAAUUAUGGAAUACCCGAAUAAUUGUACGCACAUUUCUUUGUACCUCGAUAAAAAAAAUUUCACUUGUUCCAUUAAGAUCAUUUGGUAUGUUUUAGUACUAUUAGUUUUUAUAUUUUCACUCAUCCUUGUUAUCCACAAACUGCUUGAAGGUCACAGAAGACUGAGGAUGUGGCAAAGUCAUAAAUACAAACCUACAUCUGUUCUCUUAAAAGGAAGUGAUUCUGAGAAACUGCGAGCAUUGAACAUACGGGUUAUUUCAGAGACCACGCACAGGCUGCCCUUGACUCAGGUUAAGGAAAGGCUUCCUCCAAUACCAGAACUGGAAGUUGCUUCCACGGUGCACCAGCAAGAUCAAUAUACAUGAAUAUCUUUCUGAAUUUUUCUGGAAAAUUUGGACUGAGCCCUUUUGAAGAAGAACACCCAUAAUUUUAUUUUGGGAAUGAGUUAACUGGUAAAUACGUGGAUCCAGCUGAGGAUGCAUAACAGGAAACAGUAGGAAAGCUGUCCGGUUGAUGAAAACUAGCUCACGAGCACUUAUUUUACCCAUGAGACAAGGUUUUUCAGGAAGCCAUUAUGAGUCAUGGAAAACAAGCUGAUGUAACUCAUGAAAAGCAGCGAGAGAAUGCUUACUCUUCCUGUUUACCCGUCCUACAGCUUACAAUGGUCCCAAGAUUUUGAUUUGGAGGAACCAAAAAUAGGGUCAAGGACGGAAAUCCUUCCUCUCAUUGUCCCACACUGCAUAUUCUUAUUUGAUGGGUUUUCCCAUACAGAUGGUUUGUUUCUAUUCGGCAAAUUACUUAAGAGGGCUGGGAUCCUUUGUUCAUACAUUUGUUUGGAUUUACAGAUCUUGCCUUCUUUUGGCACUAAGGAUGUUGAAAAAAUUCUAAGAUACCAAAAUAAAAUGAAUUUAGGUGAGAUAUUAAGUGAAAAUUGAAUGUUUAAAUUGAAUAGCGAAAUGUUUCCUCUGAUUCUUUUGGCUUUUUCAUUUUUUAAUAGCUGUCAUUGUUGCCAAGAGUAAUUGUAGUUGUUACAAUCAAAGCACAUACAGACAGGAGGGCAGAACUUCAUGCUGAAAAACAGGAGGGCAGAACUUCAUGCUGAAAAAUAGAAAAAUACCUUCCCAGAGUUAAGGUGGAAUUUAAUCUCCUGGUAUCAUUAUAUGGUUAAAAUUGCUUAUCUGAGUAGCUUUCCAGAGUUCAACUGCAGGGUCAGAUUUAAUAUUCAACACCUGCCAGAAAUGAAUGUUUUUGCACAUAGAGGUUUUUCUGGUACUCCAUUUUUCUUGCUAGAUAAAAAACAGAUUCUAAUCGUAAAAUUUAGGGAUUAAAGAUUUGGCAAAUGGAA